AUGGCCGAAGCCGACGGAUAUGAUGAAAGCAAUAUGGGCGACGAGAGCCAAAUGACUGGCCCUGGCGCACCCACGCCACUGACCGCUCUUGAGGGAAUCGCCGGGUUGACCAAGCGCGACAUUCAGCUUGUUGUCGAUGGCGGCUACAACACCGUGGAGUCCGUCGCGUACACCCCGCGUCGAGUCUUGGAGCAGAUCAAGGGUAUCUCGGAGCAAAAAGCCACCAAGAUCCUUGCUGAAGCCUCUAAGCUUGUACCAAUGGGUUUCACUACUGCCACAGAAAUGCACCAACGCCGAAGUGAGCUCAUCUCUAUCACUACGGGUUCCAAGCAGCUGGAUACACUUCUCGCCGGUGGUAUCGAGACCGGGUCGGUGACAGAGCUGUUCGGAGAGUUCCGUACAGGAAAGAGUCAGAUCUGCCAUACCCUGGCAGUAACUUGCCAGCUUCCAUUCGACAUGGGGGGUGGUGAAGGCAAAUGCUUAUACAUCGACACUGAAGGCACGUUCCGACCCGUCCGUCUGCUGGCCGUCGCCAACAGGUUCGGCCUCUCUGGAGAAGAGGUUCUGGACAAUGUGGCGUACGCGCGCGCCUACAACUCGGAUCACCAGCUGCAACUUCUCCAGCAGGCGUCUGCAAUGAUGUGCGAGACGCGAUUCUCGCUCCUCAUUGUCGACAGCGCGACUGCUCUGUACAGAACCGAUUUCUUGGGCCGUGGCGAGUUGUCGUCCAGACAGACUCACCUUGCGAAAUUUAUGCGCACCCUGCAGCGUCUUGCCGAUGAAUUUGGAAUCGCUGUGGUCAUCACCAACCAGGUCGUUGCGCAGGUUGACGGUGGACCGAGCGCCAUGUUCAACCCUGACCCGAAGAAGCCCAUUGGCGGUAACAUUAUCGCGCAUGCCAGUACCACAAGAAUCAGCUUGAGGAAGGGCCGUGGUGAGACUCGUGUCGCCAAGAUUUAUGACAGUCCUUGCCUGCCGGAGAGUGACUGUCUCUUCGCGAUCAAUGAGGAUGGCAUUGGAGACCCAAGUCCCAAAGACCUGGAGAAGGACUGA